AUGAGUGAUAAAAUUAACGUCGAUACGAUUUCACUUGUUUGGUUAGAUGGUUCUGCAUAUGAUGCCGGAGAGGAUAAUAUUGAGAAACAACAAUUACGUCUUCUCGAUAAAAAUUUGAGAAUAUAUAAUGAUAAAAACAAAUGUGAAGAAUAUAUUAAAACUCAAUCGGAACCUGUUGAAAUUACGUUAAUUGUUAAUGGUAGUUUAGGUCAACAAAUUGUGCCUGAUAUUCACCAACUAACACACAUCAUUGACAUUUAUGUUUAUUGUAUGAAGAAAGACGAACAUGAAAAAUGGGCCAAGCAAUAUGAUAAGAUCAGAGGUGUUUUUGUAGACUUUGAUUCUCUUUAUAAACAACUUCAACCAAAUCCAACUGUUCGUCGUGCUAAUCAUGCACUGAUCGGGAAAACAUCUAUACCCCCUGUAUCAGAAACAGAAUUAUCUGCAACUACUCCAUCAGAAAUGGACUUGUCUAAUGCAGUUAGAACGAAGACAGAUGUGUUGCCAGAUACAUCAUCAGACAAGGAGAUGCCUGACACCACUGUAACACAGCCAGAAAUGCCUACAACUACUCCACCGCAAACAGAUACUUCAUCUGACAAGGAAAUGUCUGACACUAAUGCAACACAGCCAGAAAUAUCUACAACUACUCCAUCGCAAGUAGAUACAGUCUCAACUGCUUUACCACAAAUUAAUAAUUCAUAUGCAUUGGAUAUUUCAUAUAUGAUUUCUGAUAGCUGUUUUGAAUGCAUAACUUCGAUGAAAUUGAAUUCUGCAGACAAAGAUGAUUUUAUUUCCUUGUGUCAACAUAUUAUGAAUGGAAAUGAUACAAUAUUAGCUUUAAUUCAAGAAUUUUCAGUUAGUUAUUCACCUGAUAAAGCAAUAUCGUGGCUUUAUAAAAAUCAAUUCUUUUGUGGAUAUCUAGAAUAUAGUUUCAUGAACUGCCAAAUUGAUUCAAUACUUUAUUGUCGAGUUUUUAUACAUGAUAUCUACAAGCAACUUGAACAAAAUAAAUGUACGUCUUCUAUCCGAGUAUAUCGAUGCGAAGAAAUGUCAAAUGAAAAAUUUGAACAAUUAAAAACUUUUGACGGAAAAACUAUUGCACCGAAAUAUUUCUUUUUAACAAAUUCAAAUCGUGAAACAAUCGUUUCAUACAUGUCCAAUUAUCCUUCAACUAAUGAAUGUAAACAUAUAUUAUUUAUUAUUGAUGCUGAUCCAGAAAUUUCGAAUAUCAAACCAUUUGCGAAGAUUGGUUCUCUUAGUGAUUAUAAUGAUCCAAAUGAUGUUCUAUUUAUGAUAGGAUCACUUUUCAAAAUUAUCAGUAUAGAAGAAACACAAGAUGGUGUAGUAAAUAUUAAUAUGAAGUUAUGUGCAAAUGAUGAUGAUGGUAGUGACAAUGGACUAAAAGCAACGUUUGAUAACAUAAAGGAUCAAUGCUUUGAUAAUCGUGCAGAAACAAAUGUUAUUUCAUUUGGUAAGUUGUGCUUUGGUAUUGGCACCUCGUUAGGUGAUACAAGUAUGUGUGAUGUGGGUGAAUCUUAUAUUCGAGACUGUCUUAAGAGAUUACCAGACAAUCAUCCAGAUCAAUUUCAAUGUCAUAAUGCAUUGGGACUUGUAGAACUUACCAAAAAUAAUAUAGAGGCAAGUCUUACGUCGUUUAAAAAUGCAUUGAAUAUGAAAAUUCAAACAUCACUGACUAAUGAUCCGAGUCUGGUACAAACUCAUAAUUAUUUGGCAGUUGCUUAUUCAAAAAAGGAAGAUUUUACUAAUUCACUACACCAUUUUAAACAGGUUUUAACGAUUCGAAAGCAAUCCGAUGGAGAUAAUCACAUGAAUCUCGUUUUAUGUCUUAUUAAUAUUGCUUUUGAAUAUGACAAACAAAAUAAUUUUCUGGAAGCAUUUUCACAUUAUUCUCAAGCUGAAAUGAUUAUGAUGAAACACAAUGCUAUUAAUGAGCCUACUUAUGCUAAUAUAUGCAACGGUCUUGCUAAAAUUCGUACUCAUCUUACUCAAUAUCAGCUUGCACUAGGAUAUUAUGAAACAUCACUUCAAAUAAUGUUAAGAUUUGUUUCACGCAUACAUCCAGAUAUUGCAUUAACAUACAAAAAGAUUGGGCUUGUCUAUCAAAAAAUGGGUAAUCUCCAACAAUGCCGAAUAGAACUUGAGAAAGCAGCGAAGAUUUACGGUGAAACACAGUCACCUGAUAAUUCUAAUGUUACAGAUAUUGAAGAACUUAUUCGAAAUCUACCAAGUGAACCUAUAUUAUCAUAA